AACACGUGCUUUGUUUACAUUUCUAGUGCUACGCAAAAUUCUCCUCACUAUCCAGCAAAUAUGGGUAAACCACAGCGCAGGAAGAAGAUGCAUUCAGGUGACACACACCUGAGACGUCGCUGGAGGACACGGAGUCGCAAGAAGGAUCUCGAUGAGAUUGAUGAGGAUUUGACCAAGAAAUCCGAUGAAUUGCUUAAUCAGGAAGUUGACUUGGACAAGCCGGGAUUUGCCCAGUUCUACUGCAUUCACUGCGCUAAAUACUUCAUCGAUGACAAUGCCAUGCAGAGUCACUUCCGGACAAAGGUCCACAAGCGCAGGCUGAAAGCCCUUGAAUUGGAACCCUACAGUGCUGAGGAAGCUGAACGUGCUGCUGGACACGGAAGCUUCCGCGAGGCAAAGAAGCGGAAACUUGAGACCCAAUUCCGCGAUCCUGACGACGAGAAUCGCACUAAAGUCAUCGUCCGGGAAGCAGAGGAGGAAAUGCAGACAAAAUAGAAACUUCAAAAUAUUUUCUUCAGAACUAUUUAAUUGAACACAAUUUUCAGUAAAUAGUUUUUACAUCAA